AUUCCUGUGAGGGCCGAGUGGAAUGGCUCUCUCCUCCAAGAUGUCAUUGCUGAGUAUCAGAUGGAAAUCAAGUGCUACGUGUGCCGAGCAGAGCGAAGUAAUAUUCCCUUCGGAUAAGACGAGCCCGAGUAAAGAGCGUGCUGUCACUUUCCAUUGGAAAUAUAUGGACAAUAAAUAUCGGCGAAUGCGUCAGAAGUUGGAGGCCGUAAUGUUGUCAAUGGUGCUCUGUGCCAUGGAUGCCAUUGGCUCCGGCGUUGGAACAGUCGAUUUUAGUAGUGUCAGAUGUCGAAGAGUGGUACCUUGCGGAUAGAG